ACCACUCGGCAGUAGCACACAUGCUCGGCGCACGGCCGGUCGAACGUUUCUCGGCACACGGAUCGUCGUCGAACGUAGGCGCAACGGACAACGUCUCGUCGGUCGCGUGUGCGCAUUUUCAACGGUUCGCACACUCCCCCGGUCGCCGCGCGCACACUGCCACCCUCGUGGUCGCAGUCGACCACUACCGCGGUAGUGAUUGCGAAUUCGCAAUAACAACACAGUAGGUAUUUAUUAAAACAUAUAUCGUUGUAAACAGUAUCGUCGCCGCCGCAGUCGACAGUCGUGCGUGCGAGACUAUACGACGUGUUUUCGCGGUUUUCGACGGUUUCGCGCGCCGCGGGAAAGUCAUGCGAACGCGAUACCUACCUGACUCGACGAACGCCGUACCGUAGGUAAUAUUAUCGCGGAUCUGCACGGGCACGCUGACAUCGAAUCGUACGCACGUAAUAUUGCGCGAUAAGCUCGCUGCUCGCGUCAUGUCGGCGUCCGGCGGAAGAGACAAGACGGACGGUGCCGGCAGCAGGUGCUCCGGCGGAUUACAAGAUGCAGGAAGUUGCGGAGUGCCAGAUAUGACUUCCAUAUCAGACAUAGACGAGGACGUUAUAAACCGAAAUUUGCAAAAAAGAUACUCAGCUAAUCAAAUAUAUACAUAUACAGGAACGAUAUUGGUUGCAGUGAACCCGUACAAAGAGUUGGGAAUUUACUCAAAUGACUACGUGUUUCAAUAUCAUGGAUCAAAAAUCGGUGUGUUGGAACCGCACGUGUUCGCCGUGGCGGAAGCUGCAUACAACAGUUUACAAACCGGUGACAUCGAUCAAUCGUGUGUGAUAUCUGGCGAAAGCGGAGCUGGCAAAACGGAAACCACCAAAUUCAUCCUCCAAUAUUUGUGCUCGGUGACUAGCAACGUAAGCACAUGGGUCGAACAGCAGAUACUCGAAGCCAACACAAUUUUGGAAUCGUUUGGUAACGCAAAAACAGCGCGAAACGAUAACUCUAGUCGCUUUGGAAAGUUCAUGCAAGUUUGCUUUGACGGCAGAUGGAUGAUAAAAGGAUGCAUCAUACAAGACUAUCUGUUGGAACAGUCAAGAAUUACAUUCCAGAGUGCCGGUGAACGAAAUUAUCACGUGUUCUAUCAGCUCGCCGAGGGUGCCAGACACAACAAGGACUUGGUUGAGUUAUACAGAUUGAAACCACCAGAAUUUUACAACUACUUAAACCAGUCGGGCUGCAGAACCAUAGACGGCGUUUCGGACGUACACAAAUUCGACGCGCUGCGUUUAGCGUUCAACGUACUCCGCAUACCACUCAACAUGGUUGAUGGAAUUUUCUGCGUCCUGUCAGCCAUUCUGUGGCUGGGAAAUACUGUUUUUCGGGAUGUCGAUGGUGAAAAAUGUCAACUAACUGAAAAUGACCACGAAGUACUGUCAGUCGUGUCUCACUUAUUGGGACUGCAAAAGGAAGACGUGGUCCACGUUGCAUUGCUCAGACAGAUAAACGUGCGCGGAAACAUAACUGAAAUACCUCUAAAACUGCCCGAAGCGAUUGAAAACCGACAUGCAAUGGCCAAAGCACUAUACUCGCGAACUUUCGCGUGGCUCGUGAAUCACAUCAAUACUUGCACAAAUCCUGGACAAGAUACGUCAAGGUUUCUUGGUGUACUCGACAUAUUUGGUUUUGAAAAUUUCACUAUCAAUUCAUUCGAACAGUUAUGUAUAAAUUACACUAACGAGAAACUACACAAGUUUUUCAAUCACUAUGUUUUCGCAUUGGAACAAGAAAUUUACCGACAAGAAGAAAUUAAAUUUUCACACAUUCAAUUCACCGAUAACACAAGUUGUUUAGAACUAGUUGAGAAACCACCUCGCUGUAUUCUGAAGUUGUUGACUGAACAGUGUCAUAUGCCUAAGGGAUCAGACACAACAUACUUGAUGAAUUUGCACACGGAAUUUGAGAAUCAUCCAAAUUUCGUGAAAGGAGACGACCGUCGAAAAUGGGAAUCGGAAUUCAGUAUUUUGCACUACGCUGGUUCUGUUACUUACACCGCCAGUGGUUUUGUUGACAAGAAUCGUGAUGUACAGCAAGAUGUAUUUUUUGAUUUCAUGACACGUUCGACGAACGUCUUUGUACGUGAACUCAUUAAAUAUCAGGAUUUACUUGGAUCUACCGUGUCGCGAAUGGGCAGUGCCAAUUCCACAUCCACCAGAGGAACCACUAAAGGUCGUCCAACCGUUAGCGAUACGUUCAGACAUCAAUUACAAGCAUUAGUAGAUGUCUUGCAAUCCACAAAUCCAUGGUACGUGAGAUGUAUCAAACCUAACACAAUAAAAGCACCAGACCAUUACAAUGAGAAGUUAGUGUUGGACCAAUUGAAGUACUUAGGCAUGUUGGAUAUAAUCAGAAUUCGAAAAGAGGGCUAUCCCAUACAUAUGUCAUUUCACGAGUUCUUAAGCCGUUACCGUUGUCUGGUGAGAACAAAACUACCCACCGAAGAGCGCUCAGCUGUUAAGGCGUUUUUGACGCUACAAGAAAUUCCUUCGGAAGAGUGUCAGAUAGGCAAAACUAAAGUAUUUCUUCGGAACAAAGCGCAUGAACCACUCGAAGAUAAGCGAAAGGUAAUGCUCAACUUAAUGGCCACAAUCAUUCAACGAACGUGGAGAGGAUAUUUCGUCAGAAAAGAUUAUAUUAAAACAAGGUCCGCGGUUAUAAUUGUACAAACGGCGUUCAAGAGUUGGAAACAACGUUUAGUGUUCUUGAAAAAACGUCGAGCCGCCAUCGUAAUCCAAUCGCAUCUAAGAGGAGUUUUUGCUCGAGAGGUCGCUGCUGCUUUGCGAGAGAUGAGACGAGUAGAAGAAGAAAUGCGGAAACGGGAACGCGUAGAAGAAGAAAAACGCAAAACUGAAGAUCUCAAAGAAAAAGCUCAGGAAAAUGAACAGUUAAACGAAUUGCAAAUCGAAAAAGAAGAGAAGAUAUCCGAAAUUGAAUUCGCAAAACUGGCUGAACAAUUAAACUCUAGGCUUCAAGUAGAUCCGGCACACGAGUCUGUAGACUUGGACAAUCUAUUUGCUUUUUUGUCCGACGUCCAGUCUGGCCGCUCUAUAGACACUGUGGGAGACCGUAUGAAGGAAAUAGUAAGCGAUUUCGAUGAGUUGGAGAGUGUGAUCCAAAGAGAAAUAGAAAUUGUUGAAAUGGAGCUCGAGAGCAGAGGACUAGAGAAAUCGUUAUCGUCAUCUCCAGCAAAUGCAAUGCAGGUGGUGUUACCAGAACCGUCGCAUCCACCUCCACCACCACCACCGUUUAAUCAACAGCCAGUCAAAGCUAACGAUGAACCUAUUUACGAGGCAGUGUUGCCUAGGGAUGAAGAUAACGUGUCACCACCGCCAUUGCCAACGCCGCCUCACAAACUGAUCAGAGCCAAGAGUCCCGUUGCGAUCGAAAGCGCCAAUAGAUCUAUUAGUCCAGCUGCUACCGCCGCCGCUGCUCUGUCAUCACCACGGCAGAGUAGACCCAGCUCAAGAACUUCUGGAACAGGAGGGGCGAAUUGGAAGCAUAACAAUGGAUUUGUCGAAGAUACUACAGAACGCGAUCAGCGAAGGAAAUUUAGAGUGGAAAAGAAACUUCAAGAGAUGGAAAACAUCCAAGAGAAGUUGAACGUCGAACCGCUACAAGAUAACUAUCAUGAUAUCCUCGAGUUUGCCGAAAACUAUUUCAAUGCUCAUGAGCGUUCACCUGAAGGAACGAUAAUAGCUACGCUGAAGAGGAAAAGCAAGUCACUGGAAAAAAUACCUAUGUACGAAAUGGUUUCAUUUCACCGUGGCUCAACUAUUCCGACAUCGCACAUACAUAUGUACGAUCCGGAUAACAUAACGAUAGCCAUAUCAAUAUUUAGAGAUCUUUGUAAGUAUACUAGAGGUGAUAUAAAACAAGACAAUGAAGUACAAAUCAUCCAGUCGAUAAUUGGCGCGGGAAUCAAUCGUGAAGAGUUGCGAGACGAAAUUUUCGUGCAGUGCAUGCGACAAGCAACAAAUAACCCAAACAUUGAGUCCACCGAGAGAGUGUGGCUGCUCAUUUGCCUUGCGAUUGUUGCAUUCCAGCCCAGCAAGUUACUCUACAAGUAUUUCGUUAGCUUUUUACGAAAGAAUUUGCAAUGCGAGGGAAAACUUAAACAGUACGUUCAAUGGUGCCUCGACAAUUGCAAAAACACUAAAGUAUCGUGUCGACAGUACCCACCGUCAACAGUUGAAAUCGCCGCUAUGCGGAGACUCGGCACAAUCGUUUGUAGAUUCUUCUUCCUGGAUGGCCGAACUAAAGCAAUCGACAUUCACCCAACAGACACAGCCAGCGAUGCAGUUUACAAACUAGCGGACAAAUUGUGUUUGAGAUCGAUUGAUGGUUGGUCUAUAUAUCAAAGCCGGUCGGACGGUGAAGAACAUGUUCGCGCUCAUCACUAUCUGUACGACAUCAUCGCCGCUUGGCAAUCAAAGCAGCAAAUCAAACAAACCGCUCAAUCGAGUAGCAGCUUCCCAUCGCUGAGCCGGCGUUCUAGUAACACGACUUUGACCAGUGGUGAAAACCGUUUCAUAUUCAAACGACGAUUGUUCCGGCAUUCCCGAGAAAUUUCGCAGGACCCGAUCGAAGUGAACUUGUUGUACGCCCAGGCCGUCUACUCUGUUGUGAAGUGCGACGAUUUUCCGGUCAGUGAAAAGGUUGCUCUCCAAUUAGCCGGACUUCAGUGUCAAGUGUCACUCGGUGAUCCUAAGGAGUCAACUUUGGAGUAUUACGCGGACGUCGAAAAUUAUAUACCGUUUAGGAUAAGCAGAAUAAGGAGUUCCGAUACUUGGGUACCGAUAUUGGCGCAAGCUCAUCAACAAUAUGGCGCUGGUAGAUCGGAAGUCAUGGCAAAGGUUUUGUACUUGUCGUGCGUAAUGCAAUAUCCGCUGUACGGCACCACGAUGUUCCACGUCACCUACAGAGGCUACUGGUCGUACGGAAACACUCUAAUACUCGGUGUCAACUGCGAUGGAUUGAUGUUGAUCAAGCCAGAAGAUAAAUUCGUUAUGUACGAGUUCAGGUACACUGACGUCGAAUCAAUAUUUUUAGACCCUAGCGAUUGUUUCUUAACUAUAAACUUGAUGAGACACCAAAACGACAGCGCUUCCGCUCACAAGUGUUUCGUCUUCGAAACGCAACAGAAAUCUGAAAUUGGUUCGCUUAUUGUCAGUUAUUGUCCAGGGUUGGCUGGUUGGAUAAUCGAAAACGAAGCACCAGUCAAAGCCAUAACGAACGAUGAUCGUAUACGACUUUAUCACAAUGUGAUCAACUGUCGACGCAAUUUAAUCGAUUCAGACAUGUUGAAUAAACCUCAAGACACCUCUGGUAGUUUCUUAAAGAACACCUUGCGCAGAUUGAGUAAACACAAAUUGGAAAAAUUAUGGGCCGAACACAUUGGAUCACUGUCAGAACACGGAGAAACUUAUAAAGGAUUCUCGGGCUCUUAUUGGUCGUUCAGUAGACAGACGAUUUCCCAAAGUCUCAGCCGAUUGUCCGAACAAGAUGAACAGAUCGCUUUGCAAAUGUUCCAGAUCAUACUAAAAUAUGCUGGAUUAGGUCAAAAUGGAGAAGUUGUCCGACGAGCAGAAGAUGAACACGUCACUCUAAUACAGAACGUUAUGGAGAGAUCGAUGCGCAAAGAGUCGCUGCUCUGUGAACUUUACCUACAGCUGAUCAAGCAAACAACCGAACAUCCAGAUCCAAACUCUAGAGUAAACCUCAGGCAUUGGGCGCUGUUAUCGUUAACGUGUUCGGUAAUCUUACCACCGCAACGUAACGUACGAAAAUAUUUGAUUGCACAUCUGCGAAAAUGUGCCGGCGAUUGUGUGACCGAGGAAGGGAAAUAUGCCCGGUUUGCAGAAAAAUGCGUGUCAAAAACUCAAGGUACGAGAAGACGACAAUGGCCGCCGUCUAGAGAAGAAAUAUUGUGUACGAUAAACAGAAGAUUAAUUUAUGCAAGGUUUCAUUUUAUGGAUGGACAGUACCACGCCAUUGAAUUUCAUCCAUCUUCAACGGCUAAAGACGUGGUGGAAAUCGUCAAGAAUAAAAUUGGACUUAGGAAAACGGCGAUGGGAUAUGCUAUCUACGAGGUGUUGGGUAAUUCUGAGCGGAGUUUGGUGGCCGAAGAAAAGCUGGCUGACGUCAUGUCGAAGUGGGAAAGAUACAGAAACGCCAACACAGGAACUGCAAACACAUCUAAACCUAUCCGAAAGCAUAGUCACAUAUUCCUAUUCAAAAAACACUUGUUCCUCGACCAGUACAUGGACUUGGACGAUCCAGUGGAAAAAGAAUUGUUGUACCAUCAGGUGCUACAUGGCCUUCGGUGUGAUCGAUUCCCUGUGACCGAUAAUGAAGCGGUUAUGUUGACCUCUUUACAAGCUCAAGUAGAAUUAGGAGACUGCGAAGAUACCGUAUUGGAAUACCGACAAGUCUCAUGUCACUGUCUUCCAUCGAGGCUAGUCACUAACAUACCCAACGAAGACGUGGCGAUGCACCAUCAGAGUUUGAGAGGAAUGACUUCAGCUGAGGCCAAAAAAGCUUUCUUAAACUUGAUCAAAAGCUGGCCACUUCACAGAGCUACCAUUUUUGAUGUUAUGCAAUCGUUCACCUCAAAUUGGCCUCGUGUCCUGUGGUUAGCGGUGGAUCAAGCCGGUUUGCAUUUACUGGAACACCGUUCUCGAAAUGCGUUGUGUUCAUACGAAUAUGACAGUAUCUUGAGUUACAGUCCGGCCGUAAAUUGUCUGAUGAUCAUUACGGGCAGCGACAAAAAGCAAAGCAAGAUCAUAUUGACCACUUCACAGGCGUUCCAAGUCGCGAACCUCAUCCGUGAGUACACGGAAGUGCUACAGUCACCUCAGACGUUCAAAAAGCGUGAAGGCGGAGGCGGCCGUAAAAAUGGGCUGAACGGUUCGAGUUCGAGGCCGGUGAGCAUAUUGCACAAACCAGCGCCGGCGAUCGAACUGCAGACAUGAUUCGAAGACCGUCGGACGUCCGAUCGACAACAACAGAAAAACGACUGUUAAUCGGACAAGCAAAACACUUCAUUACCUAUAUCAACAGUGUCCAUUUCGUUUUCCCCGCAAGUGUAUCGACGUUCCAACUCAUCAACCACCGUUGUUUGAAAUACGCGUAUAAUUAUUAUAAUAAGUAUAUCGAGCAUUUUGUAAAUGUAACAACACUUCAGUUGCAUAAUAUUAAUAAUAUAUAUGUUUAAUUAAAAAAUAUAUACACAUUUUUUUUUAUAUAUAUAUAAUGGAAAAUCAACGCGAAAAAAAAUUGCAGCACGCGUAAAUUGAUUAUUUUUUUUUACAAACCCUGUUAUAUUUUUACGGUUCGAACUGCUGAAUUUUUAUAUUAUAUUAAAAGAAAAAAACACGAUAUUAUUACCUAUAACUAAAAUUGAAAAAGACGGUUAAGUAUCCAUUACAUGACGUGUAAUAUUGUUUUCAAUAGUGAAUUAUUCGAUCGAAAUGAAGUAAACUGUUAUAUAAAACAACAGCAUUUGUUGAAUAAUUUAUUUAACUGAUAAUUAUAACGACCACUAUAACCGUACCACAGUUAUUACCGACGUCACAAAUCCAAGUGUUUGUUCGAAACAUUUUUUUCUACAUGAUACCUAGGAAUAUAUUAUUAUUAUAGUUAAUUUGUCUGUACUUAUUAAUUACUGAUUUAAUGUUUAGGCAUGCAUACCAUAUAAUACUAUUUAAUUAAUAUAGUAAUGUUUUUAUAAAUUCUGUUCUUUAUAUAUCUUUAAAUCGAUGUACGAAAUAUAAUUAUUAAAUACAGUUUCUCGUUGUUUUAAAAUCUAAGUAAAAUAAACAUAAUAUUUGCGUUAAAUUAUCUUAAUCGGUGUAUUAUAUAGAUAUUAUAAUAUACUCAUAUAUAGCUAAAAUUAUUUACUUAAUUGAAUUGUAUAUCUAAUAUUAUAAUUCUCAACGUGGGGCGUGCAGGUAUUGACGAUGAAACGAUAAAAUAGGUAUUAAAAUUACGACACAAUAAGCGCGGACCAAGUAUAUAAUACUUAGAAUAAUAUUCACCCGAAUUUCACGAGAUCAAACAUGGGUAUACUACACUGCAGCUGUAGUCUCGUAAACGUUUCCCAGUUCAUAUAAAUAUCGGCUCAACUCUUUCUCGCGCGCCAGUCAACUAUUCGCCUCCUCACGGUAGGCAGACAUAGGUAAAAUCGGACGUCUCGCGCAUACAUAGCUAAUUACAUACCUAUAUUAUUAUAAUUAAUUCAUAUCGAUGUACGGGUGAGAUCCGUUUGUGUGUGUGUGCACUGUUUCUGCGACGUUGAAUUUAAUAUUACUAUUUUUUAUUUACCCCCACCGAUACCUAUAUAAGCGCAUGUUUUACCACACCACCACCAACUACCACUUACCACGGUAAAUAACGUUUAUGACAUUUAAUAAUUACAAUACGAUAUUUUCUCUAGGACUUAAGCGUGAAACGCAUAUAAUAUUAUUAUAUACUAUUAUUACGUAAGCAGAGUUUUCCAUUAUUUAUUAUUAUUAUUAUUAUUAUUAUUAUUAUAUUCACCUUUGAUAUACUAUAUUAUAAUAUUAUAAUAUUAUGUGUAAUUUUUAUUAAACAAAUUUUUUGAUGUCCAAUAUUGUUACUGUAAUUUUAUUUUUUAACGGGCAGAUUAACGACAAAACGGAACGAAUGAAUACGGAAGAAAUAUUGUUGUUAUACAUUUUUUUUUUUUUGUAUAUACCUAAUGUGAUUUUUUUAUUUUAUAUUUUUCUCCAUUAUUAUUCCCGUAAAUAUUAUGAAGAAAUUCACCAAAUACUGUUAUGAUAAUGAUGUUGAAUAAUUUUAUAUUAUAGUUAAGAAAAAAAAAAGGUGUUAUAUGUUCGUCUAUAUACCUGUAUUACAACAACCAGAUGGAGGUGUGUAGACCAAUUUAUGUAAUUGCGUGUGCUAUAUUAUAUAUUAAAAGUGCCACCGAGAUUUUCCUAAAGUAUUUAUAUAUAUAUUAUAUAUAUUAAUGCGUCAUGUAAUAUAUUAUAAUAUUAUAUUAUA